CUAAUGUUUCAAUUCAUUUGCGGACGACGCGCCACCGCCGCCCUCAGUUGACAGUCAGUGAGUCACGGUGAACUAUCUUGGGUUUCUCACCACAAAAAGGCCGACCAAUCCAACGGUGGAGACCACGUCCCUUCUCCACUCCUUCGCGUCCCCCCCUCUCUCUCUCCCACAGUCACCACCCAUCGUUGCCUCAAACACUUUUCCUCUCUCACUCUUUCCCGCCCCCAUCAAUGCAGAUGCAAUCUCUCCAGCUGCCCCCCCAUUCUCGCUCCACCUUUCUCUCUCUAUCUCCCCCGCCUGCAUUUCCUCUUGCUCUCUCCUCCGAUCGUAAGCCUUCAGCCCUGAAUCUCGGCUCGAUUCGAUUGAAUUCGAUUAAGAUGGAUUCUGCUCGUUGCUCUCUCUCUAAUGGCCACGGAGGUACAUGUCAAGCCAUUGCCCUUGAAUUUGACGAUUGUGACCUCGACCGUUUCGCUGACGUCGGCAACCAGCUUGCAGACGCCGCUGGCGAUGUCAUCCGCCGCUAUUUCCGCAAGAGCUUCGACAUACUCGAUAAACCUGAUUUAAGUCCUGUGACGAUUGCGGAUCAGGCGGCGGAGGAGUCAAUGGUGAAAAUUAUACAGGAGAAUUUUCCUUCUCAUGCAAUUUAUGGAGAGGAGAAUGGAUGGAUGUGCAAAGAAGACUUUGCAGAUUUUGUUUGGGUUCUGGAUCCUAUAGACGGCACUAAAAGUUUUAUCACUGGUAAACCUGUGUUUGGAACUCUAAUUUCUUUACUCCACAAGGGAGAACCGAUCCUUGGCAUUAUUGAUCAACCUAUCCUUAAAGAAAGAUGGAUUGGCAUAACUGGGAGGAGAACUGCUUUGAAUGGACAAGAGAUCUCAACACGUUAUUGUGAACAACUGUCAAAAGCAUAUAUGUAUACAACUAGCCCUCAUUUAUUUACUGGGGAUGCUGAGGUGGCAUUCGCUCGGGUUAGAAGUAAGGUGAAAGUGCCACUUUAUGGCUGUGAUUGCUAUGCUUAUGCUCUGUUGGCGUCAGGUUUUGUGGACCUCGUGGUUGAGUCAGGCCUCAAGCCAUACGAUUUCCUUUCCCUGAUACCUGUGAUCGAAGGUGCCGGUGGAGUUAUAACAGACUGGGAAGGGAAUCAACUGAAAUGGGAGGCUUCUUCUAUAUCACAUGCUCCUCCAAGCUUUAACGUAGUGGCAGCAGGGGACAAAAGGGUUCACGAAGAAGCUCUGGAGACGUUGGAAGUGCUGGUUUAGUAGUCUUCAGCUUACCCUAGCUAACACGCAGAGGAAAUAAUAUGUGCCGCAUGGAUUUAAAAUGGCGUCAUAUCUAAUUGAGUGUUGUAGCAUUUGGCUGUACUAUAUGUAACAACCCCUUUAUUUAUCGAUUCCUUUUAUCAAUUUUAUCUUACUACUAUUAGGUUUCCGGCUC